ACGCACGCUUACGCUUCCAGUAUGGCGAAACAAUUACACAAAGAGAGCGACAACGACAGCAAGCUGCUGGCGCCUCUCUGUUGGAGUAUCUGUGCACUGCUCCUCUGUGCUUCUCUGUGCUCUGCGAAUGAGUGGGCGCAGACCAAUUGGCACACUCGGGGACCUCACCCGCCCGUCUCUCCACUCUGAUCCGUCUGAUACCAUACGAUCAGAUCCGAUUCGAUACGAUUCCAUCAGAUCCGCUGUACGAGUACUCACGUCAGUUGAUUGCCGUACACGGAACAGUUCGCGACCCCCGUCCGGCCCACGUCGCUUGCAACGCUUCAAAUUGUGUCGGAAUUUACGUGCUUGGGCACGUACCGUACCGUACCGUGUCGUAUCGUUCCGUGUCGUGGAGUGCCGGUCGAGUGGUGACCCCGACUCGUAGUUUCCUAAUGGAAUGGACCUGGUUCAAGGACUGGUGGCGCCUCAAAAAGCUACGAUCGCGUCACCAGCGCCACAAGAAGAAACUCGAAGCAGCAGCGGCGGCGGGCGCCGCAGUUAGCACAGCCGCCGUCUUGCCCGGAUCAGAUCCAGGGGCGGGUGGCGAGAGCCUGAGUCAAGAAGAUCGCCGGACCAAACGCCGUCAUAGCCUGGAUGCAAUCACAGGGGCGGACUUAGCGCAUGCGCAGCGACGCGGUCGUGUCCGGGAUCGACUGCGCCGCAAUCGCUUGCUGCAGUGUCAGCGGAGAAGCCAAAGCGCAGGCGUCCACGCCAAGCAGCUGGACAAUGGCAAGGAUACGGCUGAGGAUGACGAUGACGGGGAAUACGGACCCUUUAACGUCAGCGAUUACGAGGACUAUGGACCGAGUCAUGGCAGCGAUGGCGAGAGCGACGACUUCUGCUACUGCGACAUCUGCCUGAAUGGCGACACGGACUUCGGGGAAAGCAAUGACGGCAUGGACUCCGACACAAGCACCUCCUCCAGCAACAGCAAGCAGGUGAUGGUCGGCAUCUGUGCAAUGGCCAAGAAGACGCAGUCGAAGCCGAUGAAGGAGAUCCUCACGCGGCUCGGCGAGUUCGAGUUCAUCAAGCUGGUCACGUUCGAGGAGAACGUGAUACUGCGCGAACCUGUCCAGAACUGGCCCACCUGUGACUGCCUGGUCUCGUUCCACUCGAAGGGAUUCCCCCUGGAGAAGGCCAUCGAGUACGCCCAGCUGCGUAAUCCGUUUGUCCUCAAUAACCUUCACAUGCAGUACGACAUCCAGGACAGGCGGCGGGUCUAUGCCAUACUCGAGAAGGAGGGCAUCGAGAUACCACGCUAUGCGGUCCUCGAUCGCGACUCUCCCGAUCCCAAGCAUCACGAGCUGAUAGAAUCUGAGGACCACGUGGAGGUCAAUGGCAUCACCUUCAAUAAGCCGUUCGUAGAGAAGCCAGUCUCGGCGGAGGACCACAACAUCUACAUCUACUACCCGACGUCGGCGGGGGGUGGAAGUCAGCGUUUGUUUCGUAAGAUCGGCAGUAGGAGCAGUGUCUAUUCGCCGGAGUCGCGGGUACGCAAGACGGGCUCAUUUAUCUACGAGGACUUCAUGCCCACCGAUGUGUACUUUUCAGGCACCGACGUGAAGGUCUACACCGUGGGACCGGAUUACGCGCAUGCAGAGGCCCGUAAGAGUCCUGCGCUAGACGGCAAGGUGGAGCGUGACAGCGAGGGCAAGGAGAUCCGCUACCCUGUGAUCCUCAAUCACUCCGAGAAGCUAAUUUCCCGCAAGGUAUGUCUGGCCUUCAAGCAGACGGUCUGCGGCUUCGAUCUCCUGCGGGCAAAUGGCAAGAGCUACGUAUGCGAUGUGAACGGCUUCAGUUUCGUGAAGAACUCAAACAAAUACUACGAUGACUGCGCCAAGAUCCUGGGCAAUAUGAUCCUCAGGGAAUUGACGCCCACGCUGCACAUUCCCUGGUCGGUGCCCUUCCAACUGGAUGAUCCGCCCAUCGUCCCCACCACCUUUGGCAAGAUGAUGGAGCUGCGUUGCGUGGUGGCCGUGAUCCGGCAUGGGGAUCGCACGCCCAAGCAAAAGAUGAAAGUCGAAGUGCGGCAUCCAAAGUUCUUUGAGAUUUUCGAGAAGUACGAUGGCUACAAGCUGGGCCAUGUGAAGCUGAAGCGGCCCAAGCAGCUGCAGGAGAUCCUCGACAUAGCCCGCUUCUUGCUCAGCGAGAUACACACCAAGGCACACGCGGAGAUCGAGGAGAAGGAGAGCAAGCUGGAGCAGCUGAAGAACGUCCUGGAGAUGUACGGCCACUUCUCGGGCAUCAAUCGAAAGGUGCAGAUGAAGUACCAGCCCAAGGGACGACCCCGCGGAUCGAGCUCCGACGACAGUAAGUCUCUUGUAGUCUCCAAUCCUAAACGCGGUCUUGUGCUGAAGCCCGGCGAAGCCAAUCUUCCAGCGGAAUCCCCUGCAGAACCGUCCCUGGUACUCAUCCUCAAGUGGGGUGGCGAGCUAACGCCGGCCGGACGCAUCCAGGCCGAGGAACUGGGCCGCAUUUUCCGCUGCAUGUAUCCAGGAGGUCAGGGACGAUCCGAUUACUCGGGCACCCAGGGAUUGGGUCUACUACGCCUGCACUCCACCUUUCGGCAUGACCUGAAGAUCUAUGCCUCGGACGAGGGUCGUGUCCAGAUGACAGCGGCUGCCUUUGCCAAGGGUCUGCUGGCCCUCGAGGGAGAGCUGACUCCCAUUCUGGUGCAGAUGGUUAAGAGCGCCAACACGAAUGGGCUGUUGGACAACGAUUGCGACUCCAGUAAAUAUCAAAAUCGGGCCAAGGGUCGUCUACACGAGCUAAUGCAAAACGACCGCGAGUUUACAAAGGAGGAUCGCGAGCAUAUCAAUCCGUGCAACAGCAAAUCGAUUACUCAGGCCCUGGACUUUGUGAAGAAUCCAGUAGACUGCUGUCACCAUGUGCACCUGCUGAUCCGCGAGCUGCUGCACAUAAUCAGCAUUAAGAAAGACGAUCCCAAGACCAAGGACGCCAUACUGUACCAUGGCGAAACCUGGGACCUGAUGCGGUGCCGCUGGGAGAAGAUCGAGAAGGACUUCAGUACGAAAUCAAAGCUCUUUGAUAUCUCCAAGAUACCAGACAUCUACGACUGCAUCAAAUAUGAUCUGCAGCACAACCAGCACACGCUGCAGUACGACCAGGCCGAAGAGCUCUAUAUCUAUGCCAAGAACCUGGCCGACAUUGUCAUACCGCAGGAGUACGGUCUGACGCCACAGGAGAAGCUGGCCAUUGGGCAGGGUAUCUGCUCGCCGCUGCUGCGCAAGAUCAAAGGUGAUCUGCAGCGGAACAUCGAUGAGGUCGAGGACGAGUUUAUGAACCGUCUGAACCCACACUACAGCCACGGCGUGGCCAGUCCCCAGCGUCACGUCCGCACCCGGCUGUACUUCACCAGCGAGUCCCAUGUCCACUCCCUGCUCACCGUACUCCGGUACGGUGGCCUUCUUAACGUGGUCACCGACGAGCAGUGGCGGCGCGCCAUGGACUACAUCUCCAUGGUGUCCGAGCUGAAUUACAUGUCCCAGAUCGUCAUCAUGCUGUACGAGGAUCCCACCAAGGAUCCCACCUCCGAGGAGCGUUUCCACGUCGAGCUCCACUUUAGUCCGGGCGUCAACUGUUGCGUCCAAAAGAACCUGCCGCCAGGGCCCGGGUUCCGGCCCCACUCCCACGGCGACAAUGCCUGCAACGUGAGCAUGCAGUCCUCGGACGAGGCGAAUCCUGCCCGAAUCGAGGAGGAGAACGACAACUCCGGCGAGGAGCAGAACACCAAAAAGGCAGGGAGCUGCGAGGAGCACAUCUCCGCUUCUGGCUCCAGCAGCAAUAUUUUCAAUGCCGGCUUCAACCGGCUGGAGCUGCGCACCAAACAUCUCAAGUCGAAGCCCAUUCCUAUCGGCUCGCACCACACGGUAAGCGGGCACGAGGCGAUGGAUCUGGCGAAGCGGCUCAACGAGGAGCUCGCCUCCCAGCAGCACCAGCUCUCCCAUCAGCAGCAACAGCAACAGCAACAGCAGCAGCAGCAGCAGCAGCAACAGCAGCAGCAGCAGCAGCAGCAGCAAUUGCGCCCCAUCAGCCCCGAUAUGCGGGCAGUUAGUCCGGACUGCGAGCCGCGAUCCCGCAGCUUCGAGCAGCGUCCCACCGCCGGAAACUGUUGCAAGGAGACGGCUCCUUACUCGAGCUUCGGAGAGAUAGAUCAUGCCCGAGUCGGCACCGGAGAAGGGGCUUCCAAGGGGGGCAAUCGCACGGCCUUCCAGAUCCGCGUCACGGACAGUCUGUCCUUUUUUAAGAUCGACUCGUCCACGAACGAGCUUCCCCUGUCCGACAUUGAUUUCUCUUUGAACCCGGGUACACCCCAGUGCGGCCCGGCUUCGCACAAGCGACUCCACGUACUGACCAUGCGCCGCAUGGAGAGCUGCGAUGAGCCGGAUGACCUGAAGGCGGGUCGCGAGGUGCCCCAGCACCUGCAGCACCUGCCCCAGAUCUCGCCGCUGGCCACAAACGAACGACCGCUUAGCUGCAAUUGCACCAGCUCCUCGCCCCUGGCGCUCCAUUCCCAGGCCCACUCACACUCAAAGAGUCUGAUGGAUCUCGGCCAGGCUGUGGGCAGCACCGAGGUGGCACACAGCCCGGCGACGGGCACCGAGCGAGCAGAUGCCAUCGAAGUCGGUGGCAGCAGCUUCGACGAUGACUUCCAGCUCUCUAGCUCGGCUCCGGCUUGCCUGAUGACCGUCCCAUACGGGCGGCGACUUCCUGCUCCGGCAGCUCUCUCGCCCAUGAGCCAUGCCACCACCUCGCCCACCGCCUCUACACUGAGGCUGUGCAAGGACAUGGACGAGACCCAUUCAAAGGCACCAGCUGCCGCUAGUGCUGCCGCCAGUUCUGGCCACCGCAGGGCCACCAGCCACUCGUGUGGCCAGCUCUCGGUGUUGCCCAGCUCGGCGCCAGUUCUCCAGGAGAAUCCCCUUCGCUUUUUGGUCUGCUCGGUGCCAGCUCCGCCUGGCGGGUGUUUUGUGAGCUGCUUCGAAUCCAUAGCCGAGAAUGUCAGUCCCAAUCUGAAUCCAACAACCACACCCACACCCACACCCGAUCCCGAACCACCAAAUAAAACCACUAUUGUACCCAAUGAAAGACCGUCAGAACAACAGCCACAGAUACAGCCACAGCCUCUGGUGGUCUACAAUCUGCCCACUUUGCUUGUUACUGCCACAGCAAGCCGAACAGAACUUAAACCAAUAACUACACCGACAAUUACACCAACUCUAGCUAUAACAACAACAACAAACAGAACAACAACAACAAUAGCAACUUUGUUCAAUAAUAAUACAGCAACAAUGUCUUCUAAUCAAACAUUUACUAACCAAUUCAAAUCGAUCGAUCCUUCCUCCUCUGACGCACACCAACACCAACACCAACAUGAAUACGCAAUCUCAUCAAUACCAACGUCAACAACAAUUCUACCAAUACCAAAAUCAACUUCAACGACAAUCACACCAAUCAUCAAUCAACCGAUCAUUCAACAUAAUGACACUAACACCAACACCAAUAACAACACCACCACCAACACUGAUACAAACACAACAACUACCACGACCACCCCGUCUUGUUGUACCAAUACCAUCGCCACAGAUAGCACAGUUUCGGUGUCGGUAUCGGCCUCGGCCUCAUCGGCCAACUCGUCAACAUCAUCGCGUCGCCAAAGACACAGUAUUGCCGGCCAGAUGUCCUAUAUGAAAAUGUUGGGUUUCGGUGGUUUUAGCAAAAAGAUGGCCACCAGCGCUAAUAGCCUUUUCAGCACGGCAGUGAUAAGCGGUAGCUCAUCUGCCCCCAAUCUGCGGGACAUGAUACCGGUCUCGUCUUCCGGAUUUGGCGAUGUACCACCAAUACGGCCCCUCGAAACGCUCCACAAUGCUCUGUCGCUGCGCAAGCUGGACUGUUUCCUGCAGGACAUGAUCCUGGCGCAGAUAUUCAAGACACCAACGGGCUCUCCGCCGCGCGUCCUCGACCACGGCACUAUGCCGGCCGUCUCUUCAAUGACGCUCGCUGCACAUGUGGAUGUCGCCGCUUCAGUCGGUCAAGGCAUUGUCGGCGCUGGGGACAUCCCGAGCACGCCGACGGGGGUGAUGGUGAAAGUGGAUCACUCGCCCCUCAGUGUGACCUUCCAAGGAGGCUGUAGCGAAUCGGGCUCGAUUAACGGGCUCUCGGAACGACACCAGGAGAAUAAGCUUCUCUCAGAAUUGGCGAUGGAAGAGCUAAAUAAAAUCCAGGAUGCGGAUGAUCGGAGGCAGUGCCGAACCUUUUUGGCCGCCAAAAAAGAGCAAAUCUGGCAGCAGCAGCAGGAGAGCCUCCAGGCAGCCGUGGCGGAUGAGGAACCACAAUCCGAACCAGAGCUGAAGCAGCUGUUAUUCGAUCAUUUUUCCGCACCCAUCACGCCAUUUGCGGAACUUGAGGGACAAACGCCAGAUAUCUACCUGAAUGUAAGUGGACAGACGCACAGCCUCACAGAAUGCCACCCUCCCUUGAGUGGCGUGGGGAUGAGCAUGUCCGGAGAAGGUCUUUUCUUCGGCGCCUGCGGGGAGACGGAUAACGCCAUCAACUGCCUCACCCCCCUGAGCUUUGGCAUGGACCUUGACCUGAGCAUGGUGGCAAACAGGGGCUCCAUGACGCUCUCCAUGGAUGGCUUCGAAGAUGACGAGGAUGCCACCCUUUCGGCAGCCACUACUCCAUCACUGCCACCUGAUGGGGAGCCCAAUCUGGCGAUUUGCUACUGCUGUCCCAGUCACGCCGAGGCUCCGCCGGACGUGGCCAGCGAUGAUCCUCGCUUCGGUUUCUCCCUGCCCGUCCACAUCCAGCAGCCGUCGCCGGAACACACUCGUCCUCCAGUGCGCCGUUCUCACGAUCCAGUCUCACCGCGCAUCCAGAAGCAGAUCAGCGUCUUCGAGGGCACAGGGCAGCCGGACAAGGACGGAGCGGCACUGCACGCCUCCAUCAAUCUACCGGCUGCCGCCCAGCAGCUGCGCCAGGAUGCCCGGCUGCGAAAGUUUGAGAACCUCACUCAGUCCACUUCCAAUUCGAACUUUCCCUUCGAGAGCAACACCUUGAAGCGCGCACCUAUGCAGGCCACGGGCGACUAUGCAAACGUGUCCCACACCCAGAGUUGUAUCAACCUAAAGAGCACCAGUGGAUCACCGCAGCACCAGAAAGGAGCCGCAGCCGGAGCUGGAGCAGGACCAGCAGCAGCAGCAGUACCAGCAGCAGCAGCAGGAACAAACCGGGAUCGGCUACGGGGAGGUGGAACAGGGCACUUUGGGCGACUGCCCAGUGCACUAUCCGCCUGCCACUCAGCCUCGGCAUCACCCUCGCCAUCACCAUCACCAUCUCCUCGACCGGGGGCGUUGAUCGUGAAAGAGCGGUUCAUAGAACCGCCCAAGCGAGGCAUUGUGCGGGGCUAUCACCCUAAGACUCAGUCCAUGGACGCGGACUUUUUGUUCAACGAGUUCCUGCUUUUGCCGGCUAACGCUCCCGCUAAUCUUUCGUUCGAUUGCAGCGACACCGAGUUCGAAACCGAUACCGAGGUCGCUGUCGGUGCCGAUAUCGAUGCUGGGACCGAUGCAGGAGGCGAUGCCGAUCGCAAUGACCGCGACGAUAACGAGCAACCCUCGACCUCGUCUAGGAGGAACCCUUAGCUCUCAACUCUUUGCACUCGCAUUUGCACUCGCAGUCUCACUUUAAGCUAAAUAUUUCUCCGGCGCGUAAACGUAAACGUUAUUGAAUUCUUAAUCUUAAUUGUACUUGUUGUUGUUGUUGGGCCAAGCAAAUAAAACUAUCCGGCAAAUGUA